GACGGUCAGUAUUGUGAAGAGCCGGCAACAUGUUGAAGUGUGCAGUGCUACUGUCUGUCUGUUACCUGGGCCUGGUGAUGGCUCAGGAGCUAUCUGACAAUGUAAAUCCAUCUAUAUAUCCACCAGAUUGUGGCGAAAACGAAUAUUUUGGAUGUACCUAUGCAUGCCCACCAGAGAAGACAUGUGAAACUCGUUUGAUUAAUCCAGCUUGUCCAGCUGUUGUGAUGCCUUGCAUCCCGAAAUGUAUAUGUAAAGCGGGUUACUACAGGGAUGGUCCAGAUGGCGAGUGUAUAUCCGAAGAAGAAUGUGGACCAGCUUGUCGUGAAGGCGAGGUGUACAAGGAAUGCAGAGACCCUUGUAUAGAUGAGAGCUGUGAUGCCUUGGGGAGCUCUAUUCCAGGUUGCGAGAGUCCUGAACCGUGCGAACCAGGAUGUGUUUGCAGAGAUGGAUCCUACAAGUUGUACAACUUUUUCUGCGUUCCUAAAUGCUAUUGUCCUGGGUUCAGGGAUUCACCAGAAUGCAGAAAUUAAACGUUAUCGAUUUCUGAAAAUUUUGUCUAUGUGUAUACCAAAUGAAAAAAUGAAAAUAUUGUAUGUAUUAAAACGUGAAAAAUUUUAA